UUUGGAGCAUACGGAGUAGAUGAAGCUGUUGGUCUUAAUGCGGUAUACAUUGGACGUCGAGGUGAGGCGACCGUACGCGAUGAUGUAUUGGCGAGAGGUAACAGCUCGAAGUGUUCGUCGAAUGCUGAUCCAGACAUUGCCAGUGAAGUGAUCGAGUGCGCUGUUACUGGUGAUGGAGACGAUUGGAAAUCAGUGGACUGUGAUGAAUCUUUACUGCUAAUGGAAUGUUUUUGCAAUGAAAGAGAACGUUUUCGAGGUGAUGGUAGUGGACUGGUGAGCGGUUUGGGUUGGGGUAGUGGCACGGAUGAGGGAGGUGGAGGAGGGGGAAUCGGAGGACGGUGA